AUGCCUGAGCACCAUAAGUGUCGACGGUUUGAUAAUCUACUUUGGCAAUUGUACGUUGUCAGCCUCAUCGCAGUUAAAUCUUUCGUGAUUAAAAUGGGUUUUGGAUACUUCCUCGUCAAGGGUCUCAUUCGAUUAGACAACUCCCUUGUGACAGCCUUGGUCGAAAGAUGGCGGCUCGAAACUCAUACAUUUCACUUUCCAAUGGGAGAAGCAAUAAUUACGCUCCAAGAUGUCGAAGUUCUUUUAGGUCUGAGAAUUAAUGGAAAUCCUAUAACUGGCAUUGAUUCGCCACCAGCUAGUUGGGUCCCAAUAUGCCAGGAAGUUUUGGGCUUCACACCUAAAUUUAAAAAGGGUCCAACCAAGUUAUAA